AUGUCUACUGAAACCCAGCCAGAGAUGGCCUCCACGCCCCCGGAACCCAUUGCAAUUAUUGGAAUGAGCUGCCGGCUUUCUGGUGAAGCCUCAUCCGUGGAUGGCUUCUGGGAUAUGCUGCGAAAUGGGCGGACAGGUCAUGGUCGUGUGCCGUCCAGUCGAUAUGAAGCAUCGGCCUGGUACCAUCCCAACCAAGACCGUAAAGGCGGAAUUAAUCACGACAGCGGGUUCUUCCUGGAGGAGGAUCCCUCUCGUUUCGACGCCCCAUUCUUUUCUAUCACCGCCAAAGAGGCAGCCGGCAUGGAUCCCACACAGCGACUUCUGUUGGAAGUAGCCUAUGAGACCUUCGAGAACAGUGGAGUGCCGAUGGAGUCCUUGCCUGGUAGCCGCACCGGAGUAUUUACCGGGUGUAUGACAAAUGACUACGAGCUGCUCUCGACUGGAGACCUUUACAAUAUGCCACAUAAUGCAGCCACUGGGAAUGCGAGAGCUAUGCUGGCUAAUCGCCUGUCGUGGUUCUUCGAUCUUCGGGGUCCUAGUAUAAUGCUCGACACGGCAUGUUCCUCCAGCUUGACGGCCCUACACUUGGCAUCCAAAUCACUACGCGAUGGGGAGUGUGAGAUGGCGCUCGUUAGUGGCGCUAGUUUGAUUCUACAUCCCAACUUCACACAACGACUUUCCUCUAUGCACAUGUUGAGCCCAGAUGGGAUAAGUCACUCUUUCGAUGCGAGUGCAAACGGCUACGGCAGAGGCGAAGGAUUUGCUGCAGUACUAUUGAAGCCAUUGCGCACUGCACUCGCGGACAAUGAUGCUAUCCGUGCCAUCAUCCGCGCCACUGGAAUUAAUCAAGAUGGGCGUACCCCAGGAAUCACUAUGCCAAGCCGCCAAGCACAGGCUGGCUUGAUCAGGGCGCUUUAUGGCCCGGGGUUGCCAUCUUUACAAGAGACAGCAUUUUUCGAAGCUCAUGGGACAGGCACUAAGGUUGGCGAUCCGACAGAGCUAUCAGCAAUUGGUGAAUGCCUAAUGGGUGCAGAAACCAGUACAAACGACCGUCUCUACGUCGGUUCGGUAAAGGGUAAUAUUGGCCACACUGAGGGUGCGGCGGGUGUGGCAAGUUUGAUCAAGGUAGUGCUCUGCCUAGAAAACGACAUGCUAGUCCCCAAUGCCGGGUUCUCCAAAUUGAACUCAAACAUCCACUUAGACAAGUGGCUUUUACGACUCAGUGAUAAAACCAUCCGCUGGCCGUCACAUCUUCCCCGGCGCGCUAGCAUCAACUCGUUUGGCUUCGGCGGCUCCAACGCUCACGCAAUUGUGGAAAGUGCUUCGACAUACUUGGAGCGUCCAGCCGCACUCUUAAGUGGAUUGGACAAAGGCGAGCCGCAAAUUGUGGUCUUCUCCACACACGACAAGACUGGUAUCGACCGAGUGGCCGCGAAAUGGGGGCCCUUUCUGCAGGCCCAGAUCGACGCCGAGCAGAAUAUUUCAUUUCGAGACAUUGCAUAUACCAUGUAUGCGAGACGUUCACAGCUUUCGUUUCGUAGUUUCGCAGUGGCUGGCUCGCUGGGACAGCUGCGUGAUGCGCUACAGCAAGGCCUGCCGCACUUCCUCCGAGCGAACGGAACCGCCCACGCCAACCUAGCCUUUGUCUUCACCGGGCAAGGAGCGCAGUGGGCACAAAUGGGUGUGGAGCUGUUGCAGGUCACUAGUUUUAGAGAAAGCAUAACCCGCAGUGAGCAGAUUCUUUCAAGUCUCGGCUGCCCCUGGAACCUAUUCGAGGAGAUACAGGUAGAGGCCGCUACCUCCCGCAUGAACCAGCCGGAUCGGAGCCAGUCUAUCUGCUGUGCGCUUCAAAUAGCCUUGGUCAAUCUUCUGGCAAGUUGGGGAGUACACCCAAAGGCCACUGUAGGCCAUUCUAGUGGAGAAAUCGGCGCAGCAUAUGCAGCAGGUUUUAUCACGCAAGAAGAUGCGAUUCGCAUUGCAUAUUUCCGUGGUCUAUGUUCUCUCCAAGUUGCCUGCCAUGGGCGAGCCGGGGCUAUGCUGGCUGCCAAUCUGUCUCUUCCUGAUGCUCAGACGUAUCUUCAAGGCGUUCCUCCACGGUCCGUAGUGGUGGCAUGUGUGAAUGGUCCCAAGAGUGUGACGCUAUCAGGGGAUGCAGACCGCAUUGAUCAGCUGGAAAAGCAGCUGCAAGCCGAUGGCCUUUUUGCACGCAAGCUGCGAGUGGAGACAGCGUAUCACUCGCCGCAUAUGAAUAUGGUGGCUGAAGGUUACAGACAUGAUUUGCAAGAUAUUCAACCCGCAAAAUGUGGAGAGAGCUCUAUAGCUAUGUUCUCAUCUGUCACCAAGGAACGUGUUUACGCGACGGACAUGACGGCGGAUUACUGGGUGCGCAACUUGGUCAGUCCAGUGGAAUUUCUGUCUGCCGUCACUAGUCUAGCGAACAUGACUGAAGCUAGUCAAUAUCGCCACCGUGCGGUAGCCGUGAAAUGGAGUGCAUUCCUUGAAAUAGGCCCACACGAAGCAUUGAAGGGGCCAUUUCUUCAGGUAUUGAAGUCUAUAAACGCGGGGUUGAGUACAGUGCCUUAUCAUGCCUUGGUGCGACGACACGCAGACGCGCUCCAAACAACUCUCAAUGUUGCCGGGCUUCUAUGGUGUAUCGGUAUACCAAUCGACAUAGAGGCAGUCAAUUCUAGCAUCAACACCGCAGUACCACAGCUUAUGCACAACUUACCGUCGUAUCCAUGGAAUCACCAGGGUUCUUUCUGGCAUGAACCAGUGGCAUCAGCCCGCCUUCGCAAGCGCAGGGAGCCCCAUCAUGAUUUAUUGGGGAGCCCGAUGGAUUUCCAAAACGACACAGAGCCACGCUGGCGCAACUUCUUGCGGGUGUCAGAUAUACCCUGGCUGGCGGAUCAUGUUGUCGCCGACUCCAUCCUGUUUCCUGCUGCUGGUAUGAUUGUAAUGGUGGCCGAAGCUGGCCGUAUCUUGGCAAACACGUCGCUGCGCUUAGAGGGCAUUGAAUUUAAUGAUCUUGCAUUCCUGCAAGGCCUUGUCAUUCCAGAUGACGAUCGUGGCGUUGAAACAGUCCUUCAUGUGGCUCCGUAUCACGAAUUAGCAGAAUGGUAUGAAUUUACCCUCUUCUCGCUCCCUGAGGACGGACCUUGGGUGCGACACGCGACCGGAACUUUUACCCUACAUUAUGAUGCCCGUGGGGUUCCUUUGAAUGUGGAGGAAUGGGGUCUUAGUGUUGAGAGGUUCCGAAAAAUACAAACCGCUGAAUGCGAGACUAACCGCGAUGCCGUCUACGAAUGGUUAUCCCAAACCGGUGGCGUCACCAUGGGGCCUGCUUUCCAGUCUGUUUCUCGCGCUGCCUUCUGCACGGAGGAGAACCGGCUUUGGAUCGAAGGAGAGGUGACGGAUACCCGGACUAUGAUGCCCUCCGAGUACGCAUCGCCAUGCUUUAUCCAUCCAACCUCGCUCGAUACCCUCUUCCAGGCUGCCGUCCUGUCCUGUUCGGAUGCUCUUGGCAAUCAAAAUGCUAAGAUCCCGGUUGGAGUUGAUAGGCUUUAUCUAUCUACUACCUGGGACCUCCAGCAAGGGGACUAUUUCUCCGUGCACACAGAAACUUGUUUGAACGACGGUGAUUCGCGAUUGGACUCCAUAGCCUCUGAUGUAUCCUGGUCGCAGCCACGUGUCGUGCUCAAGGGGGUCCGCCUUGGCCCUGUACCCAUGAGCAAGGUCCCUUCUACCUCUACCACAGCGGGUGUUGACAGUGGUACAAGUCGGUUUUCCUCUAUUGUCUGGGCACAACAUCUGGAGUCGCCGACCUCUCCCGCACUGGCGGGGCAUGAUCGGGACGGCCAGCUGACAGACUGGGUACGGGAUAUCUGCUACACUUAUGGGAACGCUUGCGCUCUUGUCGUCACCCAACCCAGCUGGAAAAGCCCGGCAAUGACGAGUAUCCAGACUGUUAGGCCGCAACUUGGGUCACGACCAUGCUUGCAGGGGCUUACCAUCGUCAUCGUAGGACUUGACAAGGCAGCAGAUGAAUUUGCAACUGCAGUCACACGCUUGAUGCCGGGUGCUCAGGUGAAGCAGAUAGCUGCACUGCAGGACUUCAGCCCAUCCACCUUUAAUGAAUCUUUCUUUGAUGUGGUUCUCGUGGACCAACCAUGCAUCGGAAAUGCAGCGGAUGCGGAUGUUCUUCUUACGUCGCUCAGCUCUACCACCAAGCAAGAUGGGGUGCUCGCCGUUCGCACGUAUGACAGUCAGCUCGAUCCCAUGGACUAUAUUCAGCGAUCAUCCGAAUGGAAAGUAAGUGGCCGGAUUCGGGAUGGAGACUUUUUACUCGCCCAUAGGCAGAGGAUUCCUGCACCACUUGACUCUACCAUUUUUGUGCUCAUGCCGGAUACUGAACAAAUACCACCCACAUUCAGAGUCGCGUUGGAGCGCGCUCUCUCCGCUGUGGGCGUAAAACUAUGUCCUGUUGAUGUGGAGGACAUCAAUGGCCUCGCCGGCAAGAUGGUCAUUUCUUUGCUCGAGUUCCGCCAUCCAUGGACAUCUAAGUGGACUUCCGUCGCCAUGGCACAGUUCAAGAUGCUCUUAGAAGCCAGAUACAUUUUGUGGGUCUCACCAAUCCCCAUUCUGUCCAAGGAUGCCUCUGCAGCAUCUUUUGGUGCCUCCACGGGGCUUCUCCGCACCUUGCGCAACGAGCAGCCCGGUGUGACCUUGCCACAAGUCCAGUACGACCCAGAUGACCCAAACAGUGAGACUUCACUGGCACAGGGUAUCCUCCAAGUUAUCCAACUCACACUUGUUCCUGUACCCCAUAGAAAUCAUGACAUGGAGUACCGGUUGCAGCAUGGUCGUUUGCUAGUGCCACGAGUUGUCUCUGAAGCUGUUGUAGACGACAAGAUGCAAACUUUGCUACAUGGUCCACGGCCAAUUCUGGCACGCCUUGCUGACGACCCUCGCGCACUACGCUUCCAUGCGGGCUCCCCAGACGGUCAUGGUGGCCAAUGGGUAGAGGAUCGUCAGCUGGUGUCUGACGUACCAGACGACCAUGUGGAGGUGCAGCUAAGCCUUCGGAGUGUUGUGGCACGCGGUAGUAGAAAUUUCAAUGCCCACGAAUCGCGGCUGUCGGUUGUCGAAGCCGUUGGCGUUAUCAGGAAACUUGGCUUCGCAGGAUCUACCGAUCUCUCUGUCGGCGAUAUCGUCGUACUACUGGUGCCUGGAGCAGGGACAGUGGACGGGAUGUCGAACCGCAUUCAAGUAUCAUCCAAAGCUGUUGCAAAACUGCCCGCGCAAUUGACAUUAGCGCAGGCAGUGACCGUUCCUCUGGCUUACAUUCUGGCCUACACGAGUCUGUUCGACAUCGCUCGACUUGGUCCUAACUGCAGAGUCCUUCUUGUCGGGCCUGUGGGUCCCAUAUUAAGGGCUCUUCUUAGCUGCGCUCUGGAGAUCCGGGGGAUGCAGGUGUAUGUGGCCACCGAGGAGCGUGCCGUUGUUGAGGAACUGGUGGCACAGUAUGCCAUCGCCCCAGAAUAUGUUCUUAGCAUUCAUGGUGGGCUUGAUGGUCGUAUCGCUGAUUUGACGGAGGGAAAGGGGGUGACUGCAGUUCUCUCCUGCUUAGGUGGCUCGAGUGGUCGACUUGCCGCGCGCUGCCUAGGAUCCGGAGGUCACUAUGUUGAUCUUACCGGCGAGAUGAAUCUGGCAGCCCUGCCAAAAGCGGUCGUUUCUCAAGGCUGCACGUUCACCUCCGUAAACCUGAACUCUAUGCUGCAAAACCAGAGUGAGAAGGUCUACUCAUCGUUCCGUCGCGCAGUCGCUACUAUCGGACUGCAUCACCAGAUCCAGCCUACUAGCAUCUUCCCAAUUUCCAAAUGGGCUGAGGCAGAAUCUUUGGCCCGGCAGACAGGAAUCUCCGUGGCCAUUGACUUUACCGACCCCGGUCAGGUUCCCGUGGUGCCCGCUUUGCAAGAGCCAGUCAAUUUGCCUCCGCAGCAAACCUACCUUUUGGCGGGUGGUCUGGGCAUGAUCGGCUUAGGUUUUGCAAAGACGCUUGUCGACAGUGGUGCACGACACCUCGUGAUCCUUUCCCGCUCUGGUGUACUUCAACCUUCGCAGAGAAUAGCAGUUGCCAGUCUUGCCGAUCAGGGCUGUCACGUUGAGAUCAUCCGCUGUGACAUUUCCCAGGAAGCGGACCUUCAACAAGUUCUGUCACAAGUUCGCUCUCAGAACUGGCAGUUAAAGGGCAUCAUACAAUGUGCGACAGUUCUCAAGGAUGCUGCGUUUCACACAAUGACCUUCGAAGACUGGGCCUCCUCCACGAAUCCGAAAAUUCUCGGCACACUGAAUCUGCAUAAGGUUUUCGUCGACGUAGACUUGGAUUUCUUUAUCACUUUAUCAUCUGUCUCUGGCUUGAUUGGCAACAUAGGUCAAGCCAACUAUGCUGCCGGCAAUGUCUUCAUGGAUGAGCUGAUGAUCUGGCGACGUGCCCAUGGCCUACCAGGGCAUAGUAUAGAUAUUGGACUCGUUCCCGACGCCAGCGGAAUGAGUGAUAUGGCGGAGACCGCCGAAGUCCGUCGCUCCCGCUACAGCCAUCUAGAAGGAACAGAAAUCACCCUUCGCGAGCUGCAGAUGCUGCUACGGGUCAUUAUCCUCGGAGACAUACCCGUCCCAGUCCAGAUCAUUGCUGGAAUCACGGAUGAUCUUCCUCGUGAGGGUGCAUCUUCGUGGCAAUAUGAUCGCAAACUCGAUCAUCGAGUUCGCCUUGGUCAUUCUGAGCCCGAUAAUAUGCCCGCUCAGAUUAGCGAACUGCUCAAGAGUUCACCUACCAUUGAAGACGCUUCCUAUGUCGUUAACCAGGCGUUGAGAGAGUACCUGGCCAGUGCGAUGGCCACGACAGCGGAUACGAUAGAUUCAGACUUACCCUUGUCGUCUCUAGGUGUGGAUUCGCUCAAGGUCACUGAAGUGCAAAAUUGGGUGUCGCGUAAGAUGGGAGCGCAGCUAUCCUCGUUUGAUUUCCUAGGAAUGCAGCCUCUUAGGGUCCUGUCGGAGAAGAUUGCUGCACAGAGUGCUUUUGUCACUGUUUCAUAG